AUGUCAACUGAUAAGGUCACUUUCUUGACCAAUUGGCAUGCCACCCCGUACCAUGCGCCGCUCUAUCUCGCCCAGGCGAAGGGCUUCUUCGCCGACGAGGGUAUCAAGGUCGCACUGCUCGAACCGAAUGACCCUAGCGACGUGACUGAGAUCAUUGGCACCGGUAAAGUUGAUCUGGGCCUCAAGGCAAUGAUCCAUACGCUCGCGGCUAAAGCGCGCGCGUUCCCCGUUCUCUCGAUCGGGUCGCUGCUCGAUGAGCCCUUCACAGGCGUCAUCUACCUCAAGGAGUCCGGCAUCACGCCAGAUUUUCACACUUUGAAGGGCAAGCGUAUUGGAUACGUUGGCGAGUUCGGCAAGAUCCAGAUUGACGAGCUCACUUCGCACUAUGGCAUGGCGCCAUCCGACUACACCGCGGUCCGCUGUGGUAUGAACGUCAGCAAGGCCAUCAUCAACGGCGAGAUCGAUGCCGGCAUUGGCCUCGAGAACGUCCAGCAAGUCGAGCUCGAGGAGUGGCUUGCUGCACAAGGACGGCCGAAGACGGACGUGCAGAUGCUGCGCAUUGAUGAGCUGGCCGAGCUGGGAUGCUGCUGUUUUUGCUCUAUCCUGCUGAUUGGCAACGAGGAAUUCAUCGAGCAAAACCCUGCCAAAGUCAAAGCAUUCCUCCGGGCCGUGAAGAAAGCAACGGACUUCGUGCUGGCGGACCCUGAGAAGGCUUGGGCCGAGUAUAUUGACUUCAAGCCAGUGAUGGGUACGGAGCUCAAUAGCAAAAUCUUUGAGCGCAGCUUUGCGUAUUUCUCGCCGGAUCUGCAGAACGUGGAGAGGGACUGGAAGAAGGUCACUAGGUACGGGAAGAGACUCGGAGUUCUGGAGGAAAGCUUCGAGCCCAACUAUACCAACAAGUACUUGGAAUGGACGCUCGGGGCUGACUCGAAGGAUCCGACCGGGGAUCAGAAGAGGAUGGUGCAAUUGCAAAAGGAUGUUGCAGCUAAUGGUGGCUUCCACCGACUGGGUGGUCAGGGUGUCGGUAUUGCUGCAUGA